AUGGCUGCCGAAGAAGUCAAAACGGCCGCGGGCCUCAAGAAGAAGGUCUCUGACGUCCAUGUGUUCGACCAGUCCGGCGCCGUGUUUAAGGGUUUCCAAAUCUGGACGGACCUGGCCCCCGCGGUUCGCGAGCAGCCGAACCUGAUGUUCGCCAAGUGCGCAGUGCAGGGCGGCUCCAGCCAAGAAGUGCUCUUAGUGCAGCAAAUAGUCGGCCCAGGGGCCAGCGAGCCCUUCGAAGUCCCGCAGGCCCACGCGUGGAAUGUUAAUAGUUCUAUAGACCCAAUGACCUAUGGGGAUAUUGGCAUGCUGCCGCACACGAACAUUCCCUGCGUGUUGGACUUUUUGCGGCACCGGUACUUGCGGAAUCAGAUCUACACUUGCGCGGACCCGCUGGUGGUGGCGAUAAACCCUUUUAAGGACUUGGGAAAUACCACCAAAGAGUGGAUUUGCAAGUACAGAGAUGCAGAUGACUUCACUAAACUGCCCCCCCAUGUCUUCUAUACUGCCAGGGUGGCUCUGGAUAAUCUCCAUGGGGUCAACAAGUCGCAAACCAUCAUUGUUUCCGUGAUGCGGUACUUCGCUGCUGCGAAGGGGGGGGCGAUGGACAUGCGAAUUCAAAACGCAAUAAUGGCAGCAAAUCCAGUCUUAGAGGCUUUUGGAAAUGCAAAGACUAUUCGCAACAACAACUCCUCCCGCUUCGGGAGGUUCAUGCAGCUGGACGUGGCGAAGGAGGGGGGCAUUCGGUACGGGAGCGUGGUGGCUUUUUUGCUGGAGAAGUCGCGGGUUUUGACGCAAGACGAACAAGAAAGGUCUUACCACAUUUUCUACCAACUCUGCAAAGGCGCGGACUCCGCCAUGCGCGAGAAGUUCCACUUGCUUUCCCUCGACCAGUACACUUACAUAAACCCCAAGUGCUUCGAAGUGGCCGGGAUCGACGACGUGGCGGACUACCGGGACGUCUGCGCGGCGUUCAAGUCCAUGGCCAUGAGCGAGGAGCAGGUGGAGGCCGUCUGGAGCAUUGUCAGUGGAGUCUUGCUGCUGGGAAACGUGAAGGUCUCUGCUUCCAAGCAGGGCGGGCUGGACGACGCGGCGGCCAUUGAAGGCGAGGACUUGGCGCUCUUCAACCGGGCCUGCCAGCUGCUGCACAUCGACGCAGAGGCCGUGCUGCGCGAACUCACGCUCAAAGUCACCUACGCGGGCGGCCAAAAAGUGGAAAGCCGCUGGAAACAAGAAGACGGAGACAUGCUCAAGUCUUCGCUGGCCAAAGCCAUGUACGACAAGCUGUUCUUGUGGAUCAUCCGCGAACUCAACAAGUCCAUCGAGCCCCCCGAGGGCUUCCGCAACUUCUUGGGCAUGCUCGACAUCUUCGGCUUCGAAGUCUUCAAAAACAACUCCCUCGAACAGUUCUUCAUCAACGUCACCAACGAAAUGCUCCAAAAAAACUUCGUCGACAUCGUCUUCACCCGCGAGGCCAAACUCUACAAGGAAGAAGGCGUUUCCACCGCCGAACUCGUCUACACCUCCAACGCCGACGUCAUUUCUCUCCUCACCGACAAAAAAAGCUCCAUUUUGUCCACUCUGGAGGACCAGUGCUUGGCCCCCGGCGGCGGCGACGAGAAGUUCGUGGCGGCUUGCAAGUCCGCCUUCAAGAACUCCCCCAAGUUCAAACCCGCCAAGGUUUCGCCCAACAUCAACUUCCUCGUUUGCCACACCAUCGGCGACAUUCAGUACAACGCAGAGGGCUUUCUCUUCAAGAAUAAAGACGUCCUCAGGGCGGAGAUCAUGGAGGUCGUCCAGGCCUCCUCCAACUCCGUCGUCCGCGACUUGUUCGCCGGCAUCGUCAUGGAAAAGGGAAAAAUCGCCAAGGGCCAGCUCAUUGGCUCCCAGUUCUUGAGGCAACUCGAGGCUCUCAUGGACCUUAUCAACAGCACAGAGCCGCAUUUCGUGCGCUGCGUGAAGCCCAAUGACACCAAAAAGCCACUGGACUGGGUCCAGUCCAAAGUGCUCAUUCAACUUCACGCGCUUUCAGUGCUGGAGGCGCUGCAGCUCAGACAAGUUGGCUUUUCUUACAGACGCCCCUUCAAAGACUUCCUGUACCAGUUCAAGUUCAUUGAUUUGGGCAUUUGUGAAAACCCCAAAUUGUCGCCCAAGGAAGCCUGCGAGGCUCUCCUUGAUAAGGCUAAAGUCAGCAAGAACGAGUGCCAGGUGGGCAAGACCAUGAUAUUCCUGAAGCAGGACGCAGCGAAGCAGCUGACGCUGCUGCAGCGGCAGUGCCUUGCUGCGUGGACUCCGGUGGUUAACGUUCUUGAGGCUUGCUACUUGAAGCUGAGGCUGAAGAAAGCUAUUCAGAAGAAGCAGCACUACAUUAUCCGCACUCAAGCACACAUCAGGAGACACAUCGUUGACCACAACGUCACUCCGGCGGCGAUUACGAAGCUGUUCUAA